AUUGUAACAUGAUAUCUCUAUUUAAAAAAGAAAAUGUUGUGGUUAUCUCCUAUAACUUAACAUCAGAUACGCCUCCUGCCAACAAAGUUCCGAACCAGCUGGACUUCGAGCAGCUGGUCGCUUACCUUUGUACCUUGCACUGUGCUAUUGGACGUAGAGCUUCAGAUAUUACGAAAACGGUGUACGGAAAUAAUAGCAAGUGCUGAACGCAGUGUGCUGAGUGUCCCCUUCGACGUGCGGGUUGAUCAGCUUACCGUGGUUUUGUGUCGCAUCUGAUUUGUAGAAGUGCUUAUAUUUGUAAGUAGGUCAAGAUGUUGAGAAUUGGCAGGUUCAUUUUGUUUCCUCAGAAGACACUUCAGGUUGUAGAGAAUAACAUUCGUGCACUUGCAACAGCUGCACAACCAGCCAAGAAGAGUGAUGCCUCUAAACCAAAAGAAAGCUCUCAACCCAAGGAAAGUCAGUCAUUUACCAUGAAUUUAUUCCGUGGACUCGCAGAAACGGCACAAGUUUUUCCAUACCCAGAGGUGUUAAAUGCAGAACAGAGGGAUUCUUUAAGUAUGUUGGUGGAUCCAACAGAAAAGUUUUUUCAGGAAGUGAAUGACCCUGCCAAGAAUGACUCGUUGGAACGUGUUGAAGACAACACUUUAACUGGCCUCUGGGAUCUAGGAUGUUUUGGGCUUCAAGUUCCUACUGAACUUGGUGGUCUGGGACUUACAAAUACUCAAUACGCUAGACUAGUCGAAAUUGUUGGUGCUCAUGAUCUCGCUGUUGGCAUUACAUUGGGUGCGCAUCAAUCUAUUGGUUUUAAGGGAAUCCUGUUGUUUGGAACACCAGAACAAAAGAAAAAAUACCUUCCACGAGUAACAACAGGAAAAGAAUAUGCUGCAUUUUGCUUAACUGAGCCUUCAUCAGGGAGUGAUGCUGGUUCCAUAAGGAGCCGAGCUGUCUUGUCUCCAGAUGGAAAGCAUUAUAUACUGAAUGGAAGCAAGAUAUGGAUUAGCAAUGGUGGGAUAGCAGAAAUUAUGACAGUAUUUGCUCAGACUCCAGUCAAAGAUGAGAGAACGGGAGAGAUGAAAGACAAGGUAACUGCCUUCAUAGUUGAACGUUCAUUUGGUGGAGUUUCUUCUGGCCCACCAGAAAAGAAGAUGGGAAUCAAAGCCUCAAAUACAACUGAAGUUUACUAUGAAGAUGUAAAAAUUCCCAUUGAAAAUGUCCUCGGUGGGGUGGGUCAAGGUUUCAAGGUUGCAAUGAAUAUUUUAAACAAUGGUCGCUUUGGGAUGGCUGCAGCACUUGCUGGCACAAUGCGAGCAGUAUCAAAGAAAGCAGUAGAGCACGCCACAACAAGGGUACAGUUUGGUCGAAAAAUUGACACUUUUGGAAGUAUUCAAGAAAAGAUUGCUCGAAUGGCAAUGCUUCAGUAUGUUACAGAGUCUCUAGCAUAUAUGAUUAGUGGAAACAUGGACCGUGGAUCUGUUGAUUUCCAACUUGAAGCUGCUAUUUCAAAGGUAUUUGCUUCUGAGGCUGCGUGGACUGUGACAGAUGAAUCAAUCCAAAUACUUGGUGGUAUGGGUUUUAUGAAGGACUGUGGACUGGAAAGGGUUUUGAGAGAUCUCAGGAUAUUUCGCAUUUUUGAGGGGACAAAUGACAUAUUAAGGUUGUUUGUGGCAUUGACUGGUAUUCAGUAUGCUGGAGCUCAUCUGCGAGAAUUGCAGAAGGCUUUUAAGAACCCUGCAGCAAACCUUGGACUUAUAUUUGGUGAGGCAACCAAACGAGCUAUUCGAUCUGUUGGCUUGGCCAGCCCUCCAUCAUUGUCUAAUGUUGUGCAUCCCAAUCUUUCAUCUUCUGCCACACUCGCCUCUAAGGCCAUUGCUGCAUACGGGAGUGCUGUGGAAUCUGCGUUGAUCAAAUAUGGGCGAGGAAUAGUUGAAGAACAAUUUAUUUUGAAUAGACUGGCAAAUGCUGCAAUUGAUAUUUACACGAUGGUGGUAGUUCUGUCUAGAGCAACAAAGUCUUUGAAUAGUAACCUGAAAUCUGCAGCAUAUGAACAAAUGAUUGUUGAAAUUUGGUGUCGAGAGGCCUCAAAACGUGUCGAGCAGAAUCUUCAAGCAACUGCAAGUGAAGAUGUUCUUGACACAUUUAAAAAGAUGAGUGAACUUUCCAAAAAUAUAUGUACAAAUGGCGGCCUGGUUCAAUUAAACCCUCUCAACUUGUAACAUGAAUUACUGAAGAUAUAUAUUUCAAAGCACUAGUCUCCGCGGAACUUUUCAGAAAAGUUUCAACAGUAUUGCACUUUUACAUAUUUUAUUUCUGUAUGAAGAUCUGAUUUCUAUAAUUUUUAAUUUUAUUACAUUACGGAUACUGAUUUUUGUUAUCUGUACCACACUGAAGGGGGAUUUUCUUAUCACAUAAAAUAUGUGUUUGCCACUCGACUGAUACUUGUAGUUAAGCUGGAUGUCAGUAUUCAUCAUCAGGAUGCAUACCAUUGCUUUACAAAGUAAGCUCUCUCUACUCUCAAAUAUUUUCUGCAAAACUGACAGUGACAAUACUCUUCCCCCCCC